AUGCAGUUCAAAACUCUUCUCUCGCUUGCGGGCCUUUUGUCUACCUCUGUGGCCUUGCCGACUAUCGAUGUGGUGUCCAACAAGUUCUUCUACUCCAACAACGCUUCCCAAUUCUACGUGAAAGGUGUUGCUUACCAGAAAAACACGGAAAAUGCAACUUCCGACGAUUCCUAUGUUGAUCCUUUGGCCGAUGAGGAGACUUGUAAAAGAGAUAUUCCUUACCUCGAGAACCUCGGAAUCAACGUCAUCAGAGUCUAUGCUGUCAACGCCUCUGCUGACCACGAUGCUUGUAUGCAGCUGCUCGAGGAUGCCGGAAUUUACGUGAUCUCUGAUCUUUCCGCUCCGGAAGAGUCCAUCCAGACCACCAGUCCUUCCUGGACCGUGGACCUGUACAAGAGAUACACCUCUGUCAUUGACAUGUUCCACCAAUACGACAAUAUCCUCGGUUUCUUUGCCGGUAAUGAGGUGGUCACCAACUCUUCCAACACCGAUGCUGCCCCAUUCGUUAAAGCUGCCAUCAGAGAUAUGAAACAAUACAUGAAGGACAGUGGAUACAGAGACAUUCCUGUUGGUUACUCCGCCAAUGAUGACUCCAAGACCAGAGUCCCAUCCGCAGACUUCUUCGCUUGUGGUGACGAUGACGUCAAGGCUGAUUUCUACGGUAUCAACAUGUACGAGUGGUGUGGUGACUCUAGUUUCAGCAGCUCGGGUUACGAGGACAGAACUAAGGAGUUCUCCAACCUCACCAUCCCAGCCUUCUUCUCCGAGUACGGUUGUAACGCUCACAGACCAAGACAGUUCACCGAGGUUCAGGCUUUGUACUCCGAUGAAAUGACAGAUGUCUGGUCUGGUGGUAUCGUGUACAUGUACUUCGAGGAGGAGAACGACUACGGUUUGGUUUCCGUCAACGGUAACAGUGUUUCUACUCUGGACGACUACGACAACUUGAAGACCGAGCUUGCUAGUGCUUCUCCAACCACUGCUUCUGCUUCUGCUGCUUCUGCUUCUGCUACCGAGCUUAGCUGCCCAACCAGUCAAACCAACUGGAAGGCAUCUACCGACCUGCCACCAACUCCUAACGAUGACGUUUGUGAAUGUUUGGAGUCUUCUUUGUCCUGUGUCAUUGACAGCAGUGUUGACGAGGAUGAUUACGGUGACUUCUUCGGAACCAUCUGCGAUUUGACCAACUGUGAUGAGAUCUCUACUGACGGAAACAACGGUACCUACGGUGCUUACUCUUACUGUUCUGCUAAGGACAAGCUGUCCUUCUUGCUGAACAAGUACUACGAGGAGCAAGACAAGAACUCUUCUGCUUGUGACUUCAGUGGCUCUGCUUCCUUGAAGGACAACGUUUCUACUGCAUCCAGCUGUGCUUCUUUGUUGAGCUCUGCCUCGGCUUCUCCAUCUGCCACCGGCUCUUCUAACUCUUCUGGAUCUUCCGGCUCUUCCGGUUCCAGCUCUGGUUCUAGCAGCUCCAGCUCUUCUAGCUCGUCCAGCUCUAGCUCUUCCAGCUCCAAGAAUGCCGGUGCAGUCAACGCAUCUCCUUUGUCUAGCGCACAGUUAGGUCUCCUUUCUUUGUUCUCGACUUUCUUCCUUGGUGGACUCUCUUACAUCCUUAUCUAA